AUGCCUGAACCAAAACCAAAAGUAGCAGUGGAUGUCAAAGUGACAGGUAUGACCAAGAAGAAAUCGCGAUCACGAAGCGCUCGACGUACAGGUUCACCGGUUGGUAGUGACGAGGUUCGCAAAGCCGAUGAUGCAUCAGAAGAGUAUGUAGUCACGGAGGAAAGUUACGAAGUAGAGGCCGUUGUCGGCCACAGAAUGCGCCGACACGGUAUGGAAUACAAGGUGCGAUGGCGUGGAUGGUCAGAACAGUUCGACGAAUGGCUUCCUGAUAGCAAAAUGGACUGUCCAGAUGCCAUACAGGCAUACUGGGAUAGUCAAAAACAUCAGAAACAGGAUGAGAAAACGCCUGAUGGGAAGAAACGAGAGCAUCGCUCUACGAGUAGCAAUAGAUCAGUUACCAAGAAGAGUCCUCCCCCGAAAAAAACUCGUACAAGCGAAUCCGAAACGGGUACUAGUGCUGAUGCUACGACAUCUAGCAAGAAAGGUUCGUCUACGAAAAAAACUCGUGCAAGUGAAUCUGAGACAAGCACUAAUGCUGAUGCUGACCAAGCAGUUUUGAAACCUGAACCCACUACUGAUUCUACUCCCAGGACACGAGCAAGCAGAAGAAGUGCUGAGAAAGACAAGCCGAUGCAGAAACCCAGUGAUGCUCCGAGUGAUGUCGAAAGUCAAGCUACUAUAGAAGAAACAGCCUCUGAAGCAUCUGAUAAUGUUCCACUUGCUGCCAAAUUUCCCAAUGUCGUUAAAAAUGAUCGCGCAUCACCAUGCACGUCUGUCAGUUCUACGCAAUCUGUACCACCUCUAGUCAUCAAGAGAAAGAUUCCUCGUCCACCGGCUCUACCCAAACGCAAGUCAUUUGCGAGUACUGCAUCCCUAGCGAGUCCUGCUGGCGGCUCGACACCGGCAAGCCCAAAGCUUCCCGUGAUCAAAACAGCUCCAGACACGGCUGAAAAUCUUGCCCCUCAAUUGGAGAUUAGCCAGCCAGAGCCCACGGCAGCUCCUGAGAUAAAUGAUCAAGUAAUGCAAAAAGACGAAAGCUCUUGCGACAGCACUAUUUCAAGCAAAGCUCUGGGACCCGAUACAGAACAGAAAGCAGAUACGGAGCCAUCACUUCAAGAAAAACGGUUUGUUCGACCCCAUGGCUUCGAAAGAGGACUUAGUGUGGAACGAAUUCAUAUGUUCCUCAAAAGAGCUGAUCGCAUAUUUGCCGUAGUGCAGUUCAAAAACUGUGAUACUCUCGAAGUUCUUGCUACCCAGAUUGUGCAACACUAUGAACCUUUAGCACUAAUACGUGGUUUCGAAGAGCUUCACAUUCGUUGUCGACAAAACGAGAUACUCGCAAGGAAUUCGUCUCAAAGCACUGAAAGCUAACAUACCAUGAAAUAGUAAACAAAAUCUAGCUUUAGCUCACUACCUCGGCAUGUCUAUCACCUUCUUCUCACCCUUAUCUCUGCUCAUAAAUACCUGACCUAUUAAGUUGUCAAUUUUGCAACUGUCUAUUACUUGAAGGCUGU